AUUUCUCGUGCGUGCGACGUACCUGGAGAUCUACAACGAGGAAGUUCGGGAUCUGCUCGGUAAAGAUCAGAAUACUCGAUUGGAGGUGAAAGAAAGACCUGACAUCGGAGUGUUCGUGAAGGACCUCAGCGGGUACGUGGUGAACAAUGCCGACGAUUUGGAUCGCAUUAUGUCUCUCGGCAACAAGAAUCGAGUUGUCGGGGCUACUGCCAUGAACGUGUCCAGCUCCCGGUCCCACGCGAUAUUCACAAUCACGGUUGAAUCUAGUCAGAUCGGCGAAGAUGGGGAGCAGCAUGUGAAAAUGGGGAAGCUCCAUUUGGUGGAUUUAGCUGGAUCGGAGAGACAAAGUAAGACAAAGGCGACGGGCCAGCGGCUUCGCGAGGCCACCAAGAUUAACUUGUCAUUGUCCACAUUGGGGAACGUAAUAUCCGCGCUGGUUGACGGACAAAGCUCUCACGUGCCUUACAGAAAUUCGAAACUGACUAGAUUGCUUCAGGACUCGUUGGGUGGAAAUUCGAAAACGUUGAUGUGCGCAAACAUUAGUCCGGCGGAUAUAAACUACGACGAGACUAUAAGCACUUUACGUUACGCGAAUCGCGCGAAGAACAUCAAGAAUCGCGCGAGGAUCAACGAGGAUCCGAAGGAUGCUUUGCUUCGUCAGUUC